ACCAUGGUUGCUUUUACUUCCGUUUUUAAUCAGUGACGUUUUAUAUCUAACACAGUUCUGUUCGGGAAAUAAAGUGGAUACCUGUUAGUUUCGUAUUGCUUUCCGAAGAUAAUGUCAGCCCAAAAUAGAAUGACGAUGUUUCAAGGAUGUAUAAUGGGUGUCCUCUUGGUGUGCAUAAACGCCUGUUUAGCAGCCGUUACAAUAUUAGGGGAGGACAAACAGUACUUUGACGCAGAUAAACCAUUGUUAAUCGAGUGCGAAUUAAACGAUUCGACCACGGAUAUAGACUUUCGAUUCAAUUCUAUCACAGUUGUUUCUUGUGAACCACAAUUCGGUUGCGGUAUAAAAGAUUUCGCAUAUAACGUAACAAAAACGGACUCUAGUUACAUUCUACACACUGUCAACAACUUCAAUGCAACCGGGUGUGGAGUUUACCAAUGUACAGACAUCGAAAGCGGCGACAGCGAUACAGUCAAUGUUACAUACAAAAAGUUUAACAUUGACGCAGACAAUGUUGAGGAACAGGAUUUGUCGUUGACGGUUCCAACAACGUGUGUCUUCCCCUCCAUUUCGGACAACAUUACAGUCACAUGGUUCGGCUUAAUUGAAAAUAUUUUUCAACAACUUGAUCUUGAUUCAGCUUCAUCUUUCAUUAAAACUGUAAACGAAACUGACGCCUGCUCAAACGGAACCUGCAAUGCUAAAUUGGCAAAGGAAAAAACUUCAUUCGGUUUGAAUUUUAGCGAAACUAUAGGACAGUACGUUUAUUCCGUAAUCGAAGUACGAAUCGUGCAUUCGUCUUUCAAUGAACAACCAUUGAAAUGGCGAUCUUCAAAACAAUAUCCCGUUAAAGAAAUUGAAACAGUGCCGGCGAACAAUUCGAAAGGCGAUGACACGUAUGGUGUGUUUGCCCUCCUGUUUAUUGUCGUCCUGUUGUUCAUAGGCAUCCAUGUUUAUAUUUGGAGAAUGAUUCGGGAUUUGACCUUGUUUAGCUUCAUAACAAACACAUGGAAUAUUGCUUGGAAUAUGUGGUUUGAAUGUAAAGCCACAGAUGGCAGCCACUUCUACGUACUCGUUAAGGGUAAAAUAGUCGUUUCUUUGAACUACAGUGAAAUUAAGAUAAUUACCCCAGGUGACGCUUUUGCAAAAUUUGACCUUAUAUACGGGAUGGCCGAAACACCCAUUCAAAUGAUUUCUGAGAUCACGGUCAAGAAUGAUACGUCAGGUGCUACAGCCAAAAUAUACGCGUCGUCUGGGUUGCGCGUCCUACAGAAAAGCGACGAUGUACGGCUAUUAAAAUUGGAGAGAAAAAAGUACAAUGAAAUAUUAAUGGUACAGAAAAAGGCGGAAUGGAAAUACACGCUGUAUCAAGAAAUGCUUUCCAAAUGUGCGCUGUUUAAUAAAUUUGACCUGCAAGCAGCACAGAGGGUUGCGAGUGAAUUUGAAGCUAUUUGUUUUCGUGACGGAGAGGACAUUUUGAGUCCAAUUAAAUCAACAAAAGACAUACGCAUCAAUGUAAAGGGUUUAGAGUCUCAACGGACUGGUGCAGGCGACAAGAAAACAAGCCAUGGAUUCGACUGCUUCUGCAAAAUUGAACCUGAAAAACCUGAUGACGAGCAGACGAGUGUUGAAGGGAGUGAAACGUCAGACGACGUCUUCAUUAUUAUCGAGGGAUCAGCAGUUGCGACGAACAGCUCGGACAUUAACAUACGGGUGCAAGCAGAAUACAAGAAAUUUGACUAUCUUGGUAAUGCUGUUUCGAAGACUAUCUACCGUUCUGUCAUCGCCCAUGGACCUGUACUAUGCGCAAAGCAUAAACAAUAUAAAAGGAACGGGAACCAAAUCCGAAUAGAACGAUAAAUGGCCAAGCCGUCUCAAGUGAUAAAUUCAGACAAAGGAUAUUUGCAGAAGAAAGGAGGCCUUAUCAGCAAGACAAAAUAUUAACGUAGCCAAUCAAAACGCCAGAAACUCAUAUUAGCCGACUUUGGUCAAUAUUGGUCGAGUUUCGGCAAAAUGUUUCGUCGAAUGUCUAUUAUAAGUUCCACGAUUGUCCUGGUAUUGCGUCAAAUACGUAAUAUUUGAUUCAUCCAUAAUAUUGAGGAUAUUUGUUUGUUUGUUGGUUUAUGUUUCAACUUUUGUUUCUGUAGUUUGUCAUAUAAAUAUUCAGUGAAAGAUCGUAUUUUAUUUUACAUGUGGCAUAGAAACACAUAAUUACACGAGUUCUUCUAUGAUCACGAUUGAGAAUUAAAUACGAUCUUACACUAUCAUCAAUGUAUUUUUCUAAAUAACCCCUUCUUGAAAAUAAGUGUUUUUACGCCGCUACCCGUAGGACGCUCCUCACGCAAAUUUGGAUGUAUUGGUUGAACAUAAUUUAUUUAGUUUAAGAAUUUAUUUCAUGAUACAUCGGUAUUCGGUCUGAUAUGCUUGAAGACAGGUCGUAUUCCAAGUAAAGGAUGAAUACCACGCUAGGUUUUUGCUACAUUUUAAGGCUUUGGUGGGUUAACAAUCUUUAGUUAAUAUGUUAAUUGUUGUGUGAAUUUUUCCAAAGAUAUGUCGCAAUUGUUAAGUUCGUUUAACAACGACAAAGAAUUCACACAGAUAUUUGAACGAUGAAAGAGCAUCGUAUUUAUGAACGAGCAGUUGUUUUUGUCUAUAAUUUGUUUUUUAUAAAAGCAAAUGUUCGAACAAUUAGCUUCAAAGUUCAAGAAAACGUUUGAAAAACAGGAUUAUUAUUUCUUUAAUAAACAGUAAGUUUUUUAUUUCGAAGUAUAUCUUUAAUUAAACAUAAAGCAACCAUUUUUUUUUAGAUUUUAUUGUUAAGGGCAACAUUUUCUGGUUAAAAAUUGUCGUGUUUAGGUUUGAGGAAGGGGAAGUAACUACAAUUGAUCAUAAAAGUAUUUCUUUAAUUUGAUAUUUUCACUCCUUAGUUUGCAGCGAAAAAAAUCUAAAUGGUAUUUUAACUGUUGUUAUUUCUCUUAUACAACUCCAUAUUUCAUGGAAAGCAUGAAAGAAAUACCUAUAUAUUCGAGUUCUUCCUUCUGAUGCUUUAUGGUAUAUGUAGUAUAUGUAAGGUACAACUGGAGGGCUUAAACUUGUUGUUAUGGUAUUUCAUUUCUAAGGGUUUCAUGUUAUAUUUAAUGAUAAUUUGCAUACCUUAAUUUAGUUGAGUUCUAACCUUUUUCAGAAACUUUACAUUUAUGAUUACCAUGAAGCCCAUGUUAAGAAAACGAUCAAUCUGUUUGUUGUGUGUGUUUUUGUAAUUGAAAACCAUCACUGGUUCAAUCACAGGCGUACAAUUAAAAAAACAACCUUUGAUGGCAGCAUUGGGGCCAAUACUAAGGUUCAUAAUUUCAGUUGUUGUUUUUAUAUGUAUUAUACAUUUAUCUUAAGUGGAAUAUAUAUAUAUACGAAGCUAUCUACAUAAGUCUAACCCGUAGCAGGAAUGGGUUUCAUAACUAUAUCCAUUUGUGUUUAAUUAUUAUUUUCAGUAGCACCUUGUUGGUAUUGUGUUGGUCUAAGUAGAAAAAACUAGUUAAUUUCAUAUUUUUGCAUUUGUUUUGCAUACAUAUUUCCCAAUCUCCUUUAAAUCAGUCUAGAUUUCGUUUUAUCACCUGUUAUAUCUUAUUUAUGAAGGUUUAUCUGUAUUACGCAUGUGUGCUAAAACACUGCUGCUUUUAAAAAUUUUCAUGAAAUAAAUCUCUUUGUCUGUUCGUAAACAAUUUAUUUUAAACAAACAUUAGCUAAGUUGGUAAUUAUAUUCUUCAACAAGUCAUACCUUUAUUUCUCAUUUUAGUUUUCAUGAUAAAAAAAUUCUUGAAUCAUUUUGUUAUCUAUUUCAUAAUAGGAAACGGUGAUAGUUCCUUUUCUUUACAUGGAAAACAGAUGUUUUGUUCUAUGAAAUGACCUUCCAUUAAAAAAAGCAAUUCCUGUAUUAUACGUCGACCAAUGUUAGAUGCUAUAUUUGUCGAAACAGAUUUUAGUAGAGCACAUCAGAUUUUCAAUAACUGUCAAUUUCAAACCGCCGUUUUUUAUAUUAUAUUUUCUUUUAUUUCUCCUCCGGUUUAUUGUCAAUUACAUAUUCAAAAGCGAAUUCGUUUAUUGUCGCCAAUGAAUUGUUUACUUGAUUUAAAGUAAAACACAGAGUAAAAUGAUAUAUACAUUUAGGAAAUGUAAACGUUUGUAAAAUUGUAUGUUUUCCAGUUGGUGUCGAUGACAGUAUUUUAAGACGAUUCGUAUGUUUAAAUUGUGUUUUCUAUGUGAUUUUGUAAGUGUGAUUUUAAUUUAUUUGUAACAGUCUUUCCUAAAGUAAUUGCUUGCCUUUGCUGAUGUGCAUAUUUUAAGAACAGUUUCACAUUUACAAUUUGUUAAUAAUUCACCACUUGUAACUAUUUUACCUUCAGUUAAUUAUCAAAAAGAUAAAUAUUGUUUUAAUAGGUAUGAUGUUUGAUGCGUGUUUAAAUAGUGAUUAUUUUCGUUCAGUAUGUCUUCUGCUCAAUAAUGAUUCUGUUUUCAAUUUUGAGGUUAUUAGUUGGUUUUCUUUCUAUAUGUUCUUGUGUCAUGAUUUGGUAAAUACUUUAUAUUUGUUUAAUUUUUAUGUGAAUUUUUUUCUUAAUAUAUUACCGUGAACUUAAGGUAGUAUAAGUUCAUCUCCGAUUUGCUUCUUAAUAAUGUCAGUUUAAUAGUUUUCGUAUGUAUUUAAUUUUGCUUCUAACCUUUCUAUUUCGCUUUGGAGUUUGAAUAUUUCACAAUUUGGGAUUUCUUUAGAUAUGUGAUUUAUUUAAUUGUUUUAAUUCUCAUUGUACCUGUUUAUAUAACGUUUUGAUUGCCUUCGUUGUUGUGAUUUAUAGUUUUUUUGAAUACUUCUGUUGAUGUUACUUGGAUUUUACGUUUAACUUUGGCAUUUCGGGAUCAUGAAAGUUGUCAUAAUGAUUAGUGACAAUGGGACGCAGCUUUUACAAUAUCAUUGAACAAUAACUGAAACUUCUGUUUUAAAACUAUAAUGUGCAUUUCUAAAGUAGUAAGUAUAUAAAUGCCCUUAUAUUUACGAUUUAAUUCUGUUUGGUUUUUGUAAAAUUGAAGGAGCAAUAUUAUCAAUAUGUGUUUUGUCUUUUUAAUAGCCUACUCGAAUGAUAAUGUAUUUGUGUGUGAAGUUAAAUAUAAAUAUUAAUGUUUUUUGCCGUUUAUUCACUGGGUGUAUAUCAUUAUUUGGUAUUUCAUAUAGUUUGUAGAUGUUUCACUAUGUUAAUGGGUCUAGCUAACUUUAGAAAGUAAGAUUUCAUUAUAUAUUGUUUUAUCGGUUAUUACCGCCAUAUCAGAUUUCCUAGUAUAUUAUAUAAACUAGUUAAGAAAAAUUGAAAGGGUUUCUUAUUUUUUUUAUCUCAUAUAUAAAUAUUAUAACUGAUGUCAGAAGUUCAUACUACACUGAUAUUCGUUUGAUGAAUAAAUGGAUGCAUAUUAUAUUAAAGUAUAAAAAGCAACACCGAUGUCAAUAUUGCAAGUGAUAUAUUUGGAUUAUUUUAUAGUCAGGCACCAACUAUAGAAAUACACUAUUAUACUACAUUGCUAUGACAUUUGUACUAUGCUUCUUCACCUUUGUAUGGCGGGCUUUAAACCUAAAACAGCUUAAAUUAUCACAAAGAGUUAUAUACUGUUAAUUUCAAUUCUUCGACCCAGGUGACAGCUCACACAACAUCAUAUCGGAUACCUAAAAAUGUUUAAUGUUCACAGCAUGGUCAAACAACCGACGUUACAGGCUUAUUAGAUAACAAUAUAAAUCCACGUUGUAUAAAAAAUCGUCUUAUUUUGAUCAAAGAACAACACGAAUAUAGUACUAGACAAUCCUGCUGAAACGUAUUCAUCAAUAUUUAAACAGGCGUUGGUCGAUUGUCAUUUUCAAAACGUGGUUUAAAAACCUAGAAUUAUUUUCAGGACAUUUAAAAAUGAGAACAAGUUACAAACAUUGAAGUAUAAAACAAACAAAAACACACUGACAGUGGAAAUAUUAGAAAUUAUAUAUCUAUAUAUAUAUUUGUUUGAUUGAUUAAUGCUGUAUGAAAGCUAAACUAUCAAAUGAGUGUGAAUUAUUGCUUAUGUUCACUUCAUGAAAAUUUAAGUCUUGUUUCUUCUACCCCAGCAAUCAA